GAAGUCGUCUUGCUUGUAUUCUCUGUGCUCGGUGUAUGUGUGGGUUGUGAAAGUUUUGGUGCUGGCUUUGUGUAGUGAAGGAAUAUUCACAACCCCGAGUUAGUGCGCAUGCUCUGAUUACCAAUACAGCAGGUGUCGGGUUUUGUUUCUUUAGUUAUAUGAUUUUACUAUCUCACAGCGAAUAGAAGAAAAUGAUGAAUUAUUCGGAUUACGAUUCGGAGGAUUAUUCUUCAAAUGAAGAUGAAGACUAUGUUCCAUCUGAUGACAACCUGAGUGAGGAUGAUUUGAAUGAGUGCGACAAGGAAGAUGGCCUGGAUGCAGAGGAACAAAGCGCAGCACCGAGUGAGCAGGUCAAAAAGAAAAAGAAGUCAAGUAAAGACCUUUCUGCAAGAAAAAGGAAAAAAGGAGGACUGAAGCUGGAAGGAGGUGACGAGGGUGGCACAGGCGAGCAGAAAAAGGACGAACUUAAACUGUCCGAUGCGAAGUCCGAAGCAGACGCCAUUGAGAAUCAAGAGGAACGGCAGAAGAAAAAGGCGGAUGAGCUUUGGGAGAGUUUUUUAAGAGACGUCGGCCCAAGAUCAAAGGCUGAGACCCCGGCCUCGCGACAGAUGACAGCCGAUUCAGACAAAGUUAGUAAAUCCAGCACCGUGUCUCCAGACAAAGCACCAAAAGCCACAGAGGCCUCCAGAAUCACAAUAACAAAGGUGUACGACUUUGCAGGAGAAGAAGUUCGGGUUACUAAAGAGGUGGAAGCUGACUCGCGUGAGGCUAAAAGCUUUCUCAAGAAGGAAGAGAAGGCAGAGGAGAAACUGACCCCCAUGUCUCAAACUUCAGCUGCGUCCUCCCCCACUGCUGGGCCCAGUGUGAAAAGAGCAGCGGGGAUGGGCAACAUCCUGAGCCGUAUUGGAGCAAAGAAGCCGAAAAUGAGCACUCUGGAGAAGUCCAAGCUGGACUGGGAUUCGUUCAAAGUGGAGGAGGGCAUCUCUGAAGAGCUGGCCAUUCAUAAUCGAGGCAAAGAAGGGUAUGUGGAGAGAAAGAACUUCUUGGAGAGGGUGGACCGGCGGCAGUUUGAGCUGGAGAAGAAUGUUCGCCUGAGUAACAUGAAGCGAUGACCGGAAUGGACAGCGUGCAUCCCGUAACAUGCAUACAGAAAAGCAUGGACUAUUCACCCGGUUUUCUGUGGCAGCUCUGUUAGCAUCUGCCUCUAAAUUCAGAUUCAAGUCCAUUGUUCACUCAUGCCAGAUCUUGUCUUCUGUACACAGAAAUGAUUAAUUAGGAAACAAUAGUGAAAUGAUGACUGUUUCUGGGGAGAAAGAAUCUGAUUUUAUAUACAUGUAGUGUAGCAUGUGUGUUAGAUCAGCCAAGAUCUUUUUGAUGUCUAAAUUUUGCUUACCAUUGUAGGAUAUUUGUGCAUCUAUUCUGCCUAAAGUUUUGUAACAUUUGUAUAUAGUUGAUUUACCGACUACAGUUUAUAAUGCUGGCAAAUUAAGUCUGUUUACCCAACCUUUUAACCGGUCAUGUGACUUUUUUUUAAAAAUGGUUUUCUUUCCCCAAAAAUCUUCUGAUAUGGUACAAGAAGAUAUCUGUAAUUUGUUGUUUUUAUGUAAUAAAAUGGUGUUUUGCAAAAGUA